CAUAAGACACUCAAACCGCUUCAAGACCAGGCAAUUUCCAGGUUGUUGAUGAUUGGAUUUCCAUGGAAGCGGUUGCCUGGUGACGCUUUCUAUAAUCAAAUAUAAGUGCUGGCAAUCUGUCAGAUAACUUAAUGGUCCACCCAAGUGCAAUGGCAAAUACAGAGUGCAAGGAAAACGAACCGGCCCUGACACUUGGAUUCUAUUUAUUUAUUCUUUAAAAGGAGUUGGUCAUUGAAGAGUUUUUAUGAAGAAAAAGGGCAAAAUAUUAGAUUUUUACAGCGCCCACUUUUUUCCCUGGCUUUGGCAGCUUCAAACAGCGCCACAAGUGAUUUGAUUUCUAGCAACUAAGAUUGCUCUUUUCAACGACAUGAUGAACUCAUGGGCGCUUUUGAACUUGUUGCUAUGCGUGUCAGUGUUCGCAGAAAUCGCUGCUUUUUCAUUGACAAGGCUAACAAGGAUAAACAAUCCCCGACACAUCCCUACAGAGGGGGAUGAUUUUGUACCAGUUUCUCCAAGCUCAAGCGAUCAAGCUUUGUCGUCUAAAGAGCAACAGCUUCCGGCUCUACGAAAUCUCUUCAUCAGUUCAGUACCUCGAGUUUCUACUUUGUUUGGAUCGUCACCCUUGCCCGAAGAAGAAAAGGCACCCGAACCUGAAUCCACUCAAGAACCUAUUCCUGAGAGUGAAGGAACAAAGGGUCCGAAAUCCGAAGCCGAGCCGAACGGGACGUCGGAAUCCGAACCAGAACCGGAGGCUGAAACCUGGCCCGAACCAGGUCCUCUCUGGAGCGAAGCUUUCAAAACCUGGAAAAGCGCGUGGAGUAUUCAUAUUUACCUGUCCGCCACCGCGUAUCUUCUAAUGGCAUUCUACGCAGCUUACUACGUCGUGUUUAAUGUUUAUGAUGGGCUGGAUAAGAAAUACCUUAGCGUCAGUCUCAACAUCAUGGUUCUCGUAUUCUGUCUAUCAAGAUCCUUUAUCAUGUAUCUGGACCCUUAUCACCAAGGGGACAUUAUCCAUGCUUUAAAAGUCAUGCAUCUAUUAUGGUCUAUUGGGGGACCUUGUUUGACCGCUGCGGAUUCGUUGAUCAUUUUAGCGCUGUUAGAAAUGUGUCAUUUGCGUAUCACAAUCCCAAGUCUCCAAAGGGCAUCGGUGAUUUCUGUAAUCGUGACAUUACACUUCUUUUUCGUCAUAGUGACCGACUUUGUAGUUGCAGAGUAUGUCUCUGCCAAAGGAAUGAUCUUGUUCUGCCAGAUAUUCUACUUGAUUUGGGGGUUCGUCCUCGGAACGGGGUACAUGAGGCUUGGCUAUGUGCUAGAUCGGCAGCUCUUUGGCCACAAACCGAAGAAGGACAAACAAGAUAAGCUGUACAUCUUUUUGAUUUACGCCUCGGGGAUCGCAAACUAUGGGCUCGUACUUAUAAUGCUGUACACUGCAGUGGGGGUAUUUGGUGUUUAUUCUAAUGUGAAAUUCGUCGAUGCUUGGCACUGGUAUAUUCUACAAUCUUUAUCCCGCUUUAGCGAAGUUAUAACAUGUGUUCUAAUCUUCACUGUUAGUGCCAAGAGGACCCGCGUAAAACAAGCCAUGGAUGAUAUAUCUGCUAUUGAAAGUCGACAAGGAUCUGAGAUCCCUACCACGCGAGAGUCAGCAACGCCUAAACAACAGUGGAAACGAAAGGUCGGUUUGCUGCAAGCGAAAAAGGUCGUUGUGCAGCCUUUUGAAUCGACCGAAGACAUGAUGUCGACCAACCUAAUGCCUGGGGCACGUCGGGAAAGGAGAGUUAGUAUGUUCACCGACAUGGAAAGCACGAAUAGAAUCGUGAUGAAGAUGAAAAGCGCUAAAGCUGAAAGAGACCUUACGCUUGCGAGGGCCAAGGAGGCCGACCAAAUGAAAUCGAUAUUCUCUUGGAACAAUGGCUUGAUUUCUACCUUUGAGCAAAGUGAUCUUGAAGUAGAUGCGCCAGCCUCGAAAGGAGAAAAUAUGGAGAAUGGUUACAAUUUAAAUGAGCUGCAAAUAAGUACUGACGAAAAAGAUUCUGAUUUAAGACCUAAUUUACAAAGCAGUUUCAACGGCUUCUUCAAAGAUCCACGAAAGCGCUCAAGGUCUCAUACAAACGAGGCCUACAGAGAUAGAAAUGUUCCUAAAAUCGACGAAGAACCCGAGGACAAAGCAUCGAAGCGUUCUGCUGUAAGGAAGAUAAGUGCGCAGGUACUCAGGCGUCUGUCACAGCCUUUUAAGACAGGACAUCAUAAGGGGGAUAAUGAUGUGGUCGUUCUGCAGGAUGAACUUCAAGGAAGCCACACACAUGAUAAUGCGGGGUUUCAACGUGAUGAAAGAGAACUACAGGACAUGCCUAAUGUUCCGAUAUGACGGGUGUUCUUGCAAGCUCGUCUACAUGAUGCGUUGCACUCGUCAAUAGAUACUUUGCGCUCGUUACCACAAUGCUUUGCGCUCUUCACCACAAUGCUUUGCGCUUGUCACCAUGAUGCUUUGCAAUCGUCACCACAAUGCUUCGAUCUCGUCACCACGAUGCUUUAGGCGCGUAACCAUAAUGCAUUUCGUCCGCCCCAAUAUGCUUUGUGUUUUUCAUCA